ACAUAUGCUCUUCAAACCUUUUAACAAAAAAAAAACAUAUGCUCUUCUUGGACGUGAAAUAAACUUCCUUUAUUCCACUAUAAAUUCAGUUAAAGAAGAAUUUUAGUUAUAUGUCAAAUAUAAUUCAUCACAUAUGAAAAUAACGAUUUUGUCUUGCAUUAUUUUAUUUUAUAAUAACUUUUAUUUAGAAUAUAUAUAUAUAUAUAUAUAUAUAAUUCUUAUUGCAUUACAAUGUUAGUUAAAAAUAAAUAUCAUUUAUAUCACUUUAAAAUUAUAUAUAUAUAUAUAUAUAAAUCUUAUCACAAAAAUUACAGAUUAACAGUAAAUCAAUUAAGCUCUUUUCUUAGAGAUGUUUGUUUCAUUGGUUGUUUUAUUCCGAUCUUGUUAUCUAUAUCACCUCAAGUUUGAAUAAUAGAAUGACCAUUUAUUGGUAAAAUAAUAAAUAAAAUAAAAUAAGCUCAUUACUUCAAUUUAUGAAAUUAAAAUAGAUAAUAUCCGUACUUGUGCAAGAGAGCCAACUAAUAGAAUUGCCUUUAACUUAAAAUUGAAACAUAUUUUCUUGUAAACAAAUUUAUCUUUUAGUUUCUAAAAAUAAACCUUGUCCAAAUAGUUGUUGUUUGUCCGAAUCUGUUCAUGACUUCAUUGUGAUUUCAUGCGGCACAUAUGAUAGGAUCGGAGAUCAUUGAUUUAUCAUGUGUGUUGGAUAUAUAAAUUAGUACCCCUCUAAUGGAUAAUAAUUAUGUAUUUGAUGUAAUUAUUAACAAAUAAAACCAGGACGAAUUAGUCCGGUGGUAAACGGUUUGUGGCUGCAAGUACGGCCCCGGGUUCGACUUGCACUGGUCACCAGAGAAUUUAUAUGUGGACUUGCUCUGGCGCCUGAGACCGAAGACAGUUACCUGGCCAUGACCCAUCUUCGGAUGUGCGUCCGCGCCGCUAAAGGAUUCGGUCUCUAGUCUGAACCACCACGAUGGGGCCAGAACACUCGGUUAUCAAAAAAAAUUAUUAACAAAUAAAAUAAUUCACUUGAUAUAUAAAGUCGAUAAUAAAAACGUUUUAGAAAGCAAACCAAUAUGAUUUCUUGCAUCUGUAUAUGAUCAUAAUUUUAAUAUCAUGUUCCGUAUUAUUAUUUUUCGUGAACUUUUAAUUUUAAAAGAAAUCACAUAAACAUUUCGAGAGAACUAAUUAGUGGAAUUUGUGACACCCAUGUUAGUUGUUAGAUAUGAACCACUCAGCUAUAUGUGCCUCUACCACGUACCUUUAUAUGAGAUCAAUACACAUAAUCUCAUCAUGUUAUUUGUUGUUAACGUCUGAACGCGUUGAUUAUAACCAAACAAGAACAUGAAUAUAAAGAGAAAACGACUCUAAUUUGUCCCUAAUCAACUCCCAAGGUGAUGUUUGAACUCUUUCCGAAGACUGGUCGUCUUAUCCAACACUAGCACAUGCAUGCUCUUGUUUCCCUAUCAUCUCUUUUUCUUAAAAGUGACACUUCUUUAUUCAAUACAUAGGAUUGAUUAAUAUAUCUUGACGACUAGCAUAAUUAUUAAACCCAUGGAUUAUAUGUGAACCAUAAUCAACCACUUGAUAUUACAUGCCUAAUCCAUCACCAUGUUGCACCAUGGCUUCAUGCAUCAUCCAAUGUAUGAAGAAGAAGAAAAAAUACUAAAUCGCCUUCUUAAGAAUGAUAUGAUUCGUACCUAAUUUCUCUUGUAAACAGAUUAAUUAAAAGUUAAAACUAAUCACCCGAAUCUUACCAAUCACACUAAUCUAAUUUAAUUAUGGAAACAAAUAGAGCAAAAGUCAUGACCUAAGGAGGCAAUUUCGUGAAUAUCUCACAAACCAGUGGCAUUGUGAUACUUCUUUUACUAUAUAAACCUCGUCCCUUGCACAUUCUCAAAGUCCCUCUGACAUUUUCUCUCUCUCUGUCACACUUAACCGGAUAGAAACUACUUAACCGGAAAAUGGCUGGAGGUCUCGGAAAAUGCAGCAAGAUCCGUCACAUUGUGAGGCUGAGACAGUUGCUUCGACGGUGGCGCGACCAAGCACGGAUGUCUUCUUUCAGCCGAAGUGUCCCGUCUGAUGUACCGUUAGGACACGUUGCUGUCUACGUGGGGACCAGUCGCAGAAGAUUUGUCGUGCGUGCAACGUAUCUGAACCAUCCUGUCCUAAGGAAUCUUCUUGUUCAAGCGGAGGAAGAGUUCGGUUUUGUGAGCCAAGGUCCGUUGGUUUUCCCUUGUGAAGAAUCGGUUUUUGAGGAGUCGGUUCGGUUUAUAUCCCACUCUGGUUCGACCCGGUCAAGAGGGUUUACUUCUCCCGACGUUUUCAAGAACUGUCACGUGGAGAUCAGAAGCAAGCGUGAUCUAUGGAUUGAAUCUCGGCCGUUGCUUCACGGCGUCUCCGAGAAAGCAAUACGGUGAUCAUCACUUGUCGGUGACGUAUACUCGAAAAUGUAUCGAAGCCAGUUUUGAAAUAAUGGUUAUUGACAAUGAUGUUUAUUUAUUCGUUUCGUGCUGAGUGAGGAGACUACUGAGAUGAGUCAGACACGGUGGCGAAUACAAAGGAGGUGGCUGAGUCAUUCUACCGAGUCGUCCCGGGUCCGAGUCGGUGUUGUGAGUGUUGGCUGUAUAUCCACCAUUUUCAAUUAAAUUGUAAAUAUGAUUUUCUAACGAAUAAUAUGUAAAAUUCCACAGCAUUAUUAUGUUAAUGAUCAUUAUUCUUA